AUGAACAAAAGAAAAGAGAAUAUUGAAAUUUAUGAAACAUUUGAAAGUAUGGGAUUAAAAGAAGAAUUACUUAAGGGAAUUUAUCAACAAGGAUAUAAUAAACCAUCAGGAAUUCAACAAAGGGGAAUUGUUCCAAUAACAAAAGGAAAAGAUGUUAUUGCACAAUCACAAUCAGGAACAGGUAAAACAGCAACAUUUUCUAUUGGAAUUUUACAAAAUGUUGAAAGUAAUAAAAGAGAAGUUCAAGUAAUUAUAAUUUCACCAACUAGAGAACUUGCUAUUCAAUCAGAAAGAGUUAUUAGUGGAUUAUCACAAUAUAUGGCUAUUCAAGUAAGAGGAUGUAUUGGAGGGAAAAGUGAAAAAGAAGAUAUUAAAGCAAUUGAAAAAGGGUGUCAAGUAAUAAGUGGAACACCAGGAAGAAUAAUGGGAUUAAUUAAAAAAAGAGUAAUAAAUGUUAGACAUAUUAAAACACUUGUUAUUGAUGAAGCUGAUGAAAUGUUUAAUAAAGGAUUUAUGGAAAUAAUUUAUGAUAUAAUUAAAUAUUUACCUAUUAAAAGACAAAUUGUAUUAUGUUCAGCUACACUUACAGGAGAUGUUAUAGAAAUAGGAACAAAAAUAAUGAAUAAACCAAUAGAAAUAUUAAUUAAAAGAAAUGAAAUUACAGUAGAAGAAAUUAAACAAUAUUUUAUUGAAAUAGAAAAAGAAGAACAAAAAUUUGAUACAUUAUGUGAAAUUUAUGAUAGUAUGACAAUUACACAAAGUGUAAUAUUUUGUAAUAUGAAAAAAAAAGUAGAUUGGCUUACAGAAAAUAUGAUGAAAGCUAAUUUUCCAGUAAUUUCAAUGCAUUCAGAAAUGCCACAACAAGAACGUGAUUAUAUUAUGAAUAUAUUUAGAAAAGGAGAAAAAAGAGUAUUAAUUACAACUGAUGUUUGGGCAAGAGGAAUUGAUGUUACACAAAUUUCAUUAGUAAUUAAUUAUGAUAUGCCAUUAAAUAGAGAAGUAUAUAUUCAUAGAAUAGGAAGAUCAGGUAGAUUUGGUAGAACAGGAAUAGCUAUAAAUUUUGUAUUAAAAAAUGAAAUGGAUAAUUUAAGAGAUUUAGAACGAUAUUAUUCAACUCAAAUUAAUGAAUUACCUGAAAAUUUUGCUGAAUUAUAA